AUGAAUAAUAACUCUAAUCAAACCGACUUUCCCAACCAAAAUCCCCAAGAUUUGCCUACACUUGUAUCCGGCUCAAUGCACAAUGCGCAUAUUGCAAUAGCCGGUCCAGCAAAGGCCAAAAAAACCAAAGCUAGUACUGUUAACAACUCAUCCGCCCACAGAACUAUCGUGCAGGUGAUGACCGGAACCCAUACUAAGAUCCUCAGUUUCCCAAAGGAUACACUGGUCUCAACCUCUGAGUGGCUCGGAAGAAUGAUCGACUUGGAGGGCUACGGUACGAAAAAGAAACCCGUGGUAAUCUAUGCAGAUAGUCCUUCCACCUACGACCACUUGAAAGCUUGGAUCUUCCACAAACGAGUUGCGGCCAAUCUUCCAAUGCACGAGCUCCAAAACAUCUAUUUUGAGGCUGAACGAAUGGAGAUCUACGAGUUAAUGAACCGAGUCAUGGACCAAAUACAGAUUGGAGUUGCGAGCAACCUCUUUUCUCCCACCAAGAUAGCUAUGGUGAUUAACCGAGUCUACGCCAUGACCAAGGCGAAAUCCCUCCUUCGGGAGCUAUAUGUUGAGGUACUCGUCGGCAAAUUCAUCGUUGACUCCGAGACACUGGGAGAUGCGGAUGCAGAAGGCGUCAAUAUUGGCAGAGAUCAUAUCCCUCAGCUACACACUCUGACGCGAGACAACGUGGAUCUGUUCACCGAUUUUUCGAUCACCUGGCAAUACACUUUGAAGAAUGACGCGUGGCGCCCGUGGGAGAAGCAUGGUCGUAUGUCUCCUGAUGAUCCAUUGCGUUGCAAAUUCCACCACCACGGACGAGUUGGUGCCUCGUGUUAUGCCCAGAGCGAGAGAAACAUACCUCAGAAUCCGUUCUAG